UUUCAGGGCUGGAUGCGCCACGGUUCUGUGAAUGGGACUGUAUCUUUCCCCCGUUAGCCUAAUUAAGUAAAAGUAAGUCGAGUGGCACCGCCCCCGCCCGGAAGUUGGUUCUAUCCCAAGAUGGCGGCCACCAUGAAGAAAGCGGUUGCGGAAGAUGUGAACGUCACUUUAGAGGACCAACAGAAAAUCAACAUCUUUGCGAGAAAUACAAACCGAGCGACGGAGCUGAAGGAUGAAAUCGAAGUCAAAAAGAAACAGCUUCAGAACCUGGAAGACGCCUGCGAGGAGAUAAUGAUGCUUGAAGAUUCCCUGCUGGUUCCCUACCAGAUUGGAGAUGUGUUCAUAAGUCACUCCCAGGAGGAGACUCAGGAGAUGCUGGAAGCUGCAAAGAAACAAAUGGAGGAAGAAAUCGAAUGUUUACAGUCGCGCGUAGAAUCCAUCCAUCAAGUGCUCUCCGACCUUAAAGUCCAGCUGUAUGCCAAGUUUGGGAACAACAUAAACCUGGAGGCAGAUGAAAAUUAAAUAAUUUAUUCGAAUUUUUGUUCUUUAAUUUUAUUGAUUGGAAAAAAAAUAAAAUGAACUUUUUUUUGUUCCAGCAAUAAAUCUUUUGAAGUGUG